AUGCCGCCUCCCUCAACUGCCCGAGAAAGGCCACUCUAUCAGCCAUUUCAAUGUGUCAUCUGUCAAAGACGCUUUACACGACAUGAAAACCUCAAACGCCACGCAACGCUUCAUUCACAAAUCUCAGGCGAGACCUCUCUCUCUUGUCCGAUUUGCCAGACAAAAUUUUCGCGAUCUGAUCUUCGCCAUCGCCAUAUAAGAAGGAAGCACCCAGAACAGAAACCCAAGUCGCCCACAAAAGGACCACGGCGUAAUGAACCCCGAGAGCAGGAGGAUGGGGAGAAUCAUUCGAUCGAAGUAUUAGAUUCGCUGCCAUUUGGAACACCCCAGCUCGGCCUCCAAGUGCAGAAAUCAACCGGCGGUGGAAGACUCAGCAUCGACGAGAGGGGAUGGGAGGCAGUCAUUGGGGAUAACGAUUAUCCCAUCACUCACGGUCGUCUCACGUCAGAAGAAGAUGUUACAAACAUGCGAUCGGCGUAUCCCUGGGAUCGCAAUCCCCAUGGUGAUGGUGAUGAUGAUGAUGUGCAGCCAGCACAGAGCGGCUCAUACUCUACCAACCCAAUCUUGGCAACUUCUACGAAUUCAGAUCAUCACUUGCUCGUGGCGUCGUCGUUUCCGGGCUGCCGGUCACUAUUAGACGGCCAAUUAGAGUCUGAGUCUUUCAACAUGGAUCUAUUUGGCCUUCAUUUUCAUCAAAUAUUUCCGAAAAGAACAUCCACCCACAGCUUGACUCAAUCUCAGAGUGAAUGGUCUCCAUCGAUGCAACAGAUAUUACGGGGAUGUUCUCUGUUUUUCAAACAUGUCUCACCAUUCUUGCCAUUCAUCCACAAGGCUACAUUUGAUCCUUGUCAAGCAUGCUCCAGCUUGGUCCUCGGCAUUAUUUCCCUUGGAUAUCAGUAUGGUGAAGAUCCGGAGCUUGGAGACAAACCAGGUACAGGCACGCAGUUGUCCACAUUGUGCUUUUAUAAAGCUCGGGCUCUUCUUACUUCAGACAAAGAAAAGUCAAGUGAUCGUUUAGAAGACAUCACUGUGGUCCAGUCAUAUCUGUUGCUUCAAGUUUGCUCAAUGAUGUAUCUUUGUGGAAAUGAGUCAAUAUUUGGACUCAAAGUUCACUCUACCAUGAUCGCUCUUGCACGUAAAUCGGGUCUCAUGCAGUCCAUGCCAACGGAACACACCAUUGCCUAUGAUCUCGAAUCCUUGUGGCACGGGUUUAUCAAAGCCGAAACACACAAACGAACAUCAUUUGCCGUGCAUCAGAUCGAUGCGCUAUGGUAUCAAUGCUUAUCUAUUCCCCGAUCCAUUUCUCAUUUAGAAGUCAAGCAUGAUCUACCUUGUCCGGUAGAUCACUGGCUCGCAUCUUCUGCUGCCGAAUGGGCGCAUCUCCAACUUGCAACGGGUCACAUAAACCCAUCAUUGCAGUACGCAGACGCCGUUCGUUUGUUUUUAUCGCCUGAUGGGGAUCUGAAGUCCAUCCCAUGCUUUGAUCCAUAUGGUGCCGUCAACAUUGCACAGUUUCUGAUUUCCAGUGCCCGCGAAGUAUCAGGCUGGUCUACUAUGACUGGCAUGCUGAGCAUUGAAAGAUUUGGAGCCUUGCGAUCGUCACUCGUCGCACUUGGUCCUUUCAGCAGAGCACAGCCGGAAGGUCAGCAUACAGGACAUGUGGAAUUAAGUGAGGCGACUUGGAAAAUCGGUAUGAUUGAGAUGCAAAUGUGGUCUCCGUCACACACAGGAGGUAUUGUGGAAGGAAGUAUAGAUGCGGUCUUGAACCACUCUACUUACCUGGCUCCCUCCUGUGACUUUUUGUGUGAAGGUGAAAAUGCUGCAAUGAUUCAACCGCACGUCGACUGGUUCCUCCGUUAUCUGAAUUCAAGUGUUCUACCAGAUUCAGAGGCCCCAUGGGUCAUUCUUUACGCAUAUAAGGCUUUCCUGGUAGCUUGGCAGCUAUUACGAGGGGGACUGCCCGGUGCAAUGAGGGCUAUAUGCAUUGAAGAUGGCGAUAUAGAGGGUGCUUUGACAUGGGCAAAAGUGGCUUUCCGACAGAGAGAACGUUGGCAAAUUGGCAAGCUCAUCUUAGCUUGUCUAGAUAAGAUGGACAAAUGA